CAUUUGUCACUCGUAACACACUCAGUUUUGUUAUUUUUCACUACUGUUCAAUUGAGAAAUGCAGUGCUGUUGUUACUGUAGCCAACUGAUGUGUCCUUACUUACAGUGGGUGGAUGUAACAAUUACACAGACCUGAGUGAAGCAGACCGCGCCCAAGGACAAAUAGUGAUCAACGGCAACUAUAGAUGCGAUUGGAACCUGGUAACAGGUUGGUAUCGUUUCCAAGGAGCUGCUGGAGAUCGCAUUGCGGACAAAUGUGUUCCCAUGCGUCACUGCGGUACUGCAAUUCCAGGUUGGCUCAAUGGCGCACACCCGACGAUCGCCGAAGGUGUAGUCACUCGUAGAGUCUGUUUUUCCUCGUCAGACACCUGCUGUUACCGGUAUAACAAUGUCAGAAUAAAGAACUGUGGCGCGUAUUUCUUGUACCAAUUUUCGAGGCCGUAUCAAUGCUAUGCUGGGUAUUGCGGUAAUGCAAACGCAGUGGAUGGGUGUAAAAAUUAUACAGUCCUGAGUGAAGCAGACCGCGCUCAAGGACACGUGGAGAUCAACAACAAUUUUAGAUGCGAUGCGCGAGACCUGGUACCAGGUUGGUAUCGUUUCCAAGGAGCUGCGGGAGAUCGGAUGGCGGAGAAAUGUGUUCCCAUGAAUCAUUGCGGCAGUGACAUGCCAGUUUGGUUUUCUGACCCACACCCGACAAUCGCAGAAGGCGUGGUCAUUCGUAAAGUCUGUUUUCACUAUUCAAACAAAUGCUGUUUUUGGCGUUACAACAUCAGAAUAAAGAACUGUGGUGCGUAUUUCGUAUACGAGUUACUGGAGCCGCGUUCAUGCUCAGCUCGGUAUUGUGGUAACGGAGUCGCAGUGGAUGGAUGUAAAAAUUACACAGUCCUGAGUGAGGCAGAUCGCGCUCAAGGACACAUAGUGAUCAACAGCAAUUAUAGAUGCGAUAGGGAUGACCUGGUACCACGUUGGUAUCGUUUCCAAGGAGCUGCCGGAGAUCAGAUGGCGGACAAAUGUGUUCCCGAAAAUCACUGCGGUACUCACUACCCAGGUUGGCUUAAUGGCACACACCCGACAGUCGCCGAAGGUGUGGUCACUCGUAGAGUCUGUUAUCAUAAUAGCUUGUUAAACUCCUGCUGUGUUUGGCAUGACAAUAUCAGAGUAAAGAACUGUGGUGCGUAUUUCGUGUACGAGUUACCGAGGCCGCGUUACUGCUACACUCGGUAUUGCGGUAACAGAAUCGCAGUCGUCACUUGCCAUGCGCUGCCCUCAACGCCCAAUAGCCUGCGAUAUGGUUGCACUGGGAAUUCAUCAGAGUAUCCACACGACACUAUCUGUAGAUUCUCGUGUUUUGACGGCUAUAAAGCCAUUGGUUCUAACGAACGAAGAUGCCAGCAGAAUGGACUUUGGAGUGGAGGAGAGUUUUCUUGCCAGCCUGUCACGUGCCCGAGGUUGUCACCGCCGUCUAAUGGCGAGCUAUUAGGAUGCAAUACAACAAAGAUGUUAUACAAAACCGUAUGUAGGUUUUCUUGUAAUGAAGGAUUUGAAGCGAAAGGUUCAAUGGUUAGAAGCUGUACAGAAAAUGGAACUUGGAGUGCAACUGACGUUGUCUGCGAAGGUAUUCAUACAAAUGGUUCAACAUUGAAACCAACAGGUCGUAAACGUAAUGCAUAUAUCAUUAGAGAUUUUUGGAAAAACAAGCGACCUUCCAAUGCUUGCAAAUUUAAAAUUAGUGUUUUUGUCUACUUGUAGUUUUGUAUUUGAAUGACACUAAUGCAGCCUGCUUGACCAAUCAGGGCCAAGUUUUUCUCUUUCUCAAGCAAUCCUUAACACGCGAGUUUUCUCGCGUGCUAGAUCGCGGCACGGGCAACAUGUUUUCUUGCGUUUCUCAGGGUUACGUGUUUGAGAGCAUUCGUUACCGCGUUAACAUUCAUGUUUUCUCCUGUUACAUAUUUUCCCGUGCUUCCCCGAAUCUGAUUGGUUAUUGUUUAUUUGCGGCUGCCUUCGGAUUGGUGUAGAAACAACAUUUUUGGUCAACUACAACUACGGCAGUCAUAAGUAAAUCGUUCGAGAAUGUACUUAGAAAGAUCAAAUCCCGACAUAAGGCUACCAUCAGAUUUUAGUAUAAAUUUACUAGCGUUCUAUCACGAAUGUCGUUCUCUUAAUGGCUACGCUAUUCACUAUCU